AUGAACGCCCCAUUCGAAUCGGUACUGGACUUCAACGCUGAAUUAGAUGUGCCUUUACUGGACAAGGUUGUUCAAACAUUCUAUACAAAGACAGGACCUGAUCAACUACGAGCUCAAAAGAUCAUUGCUGAAUUCCAAGAACAUCCUGAUGCUUGGAAACGGGUAGAUGGCAUCCUGGAAAGAUCCUCCUACACUCAAACAAAGUAUAUCGCAUUACAAAUAUUGGAAACACUGAUCAAGACCAUGUGGAAAGCACUACCUGUAGAACAGCAACAAGGCAUAAAGAACUAUAUCGUAUCAGUCAUCAUCAAGACAUCAUCAGAUGAAGUGUCGAUUGAAAAGGAAAGGACAUAUCUCGGAAAGCUCAAUAUUAUACUAAAACACGAAUGGCCACACAACUGGCCUACAUUCAUACCCGAAAUCAUAAACUCUAGCAAAACAAACCUAUCAUUAUGCGAGAACAAUAUGGCCAUUCUCAAGCUGUUGAGUGAAGAGAUCUUUGACUUUUCAGCUGAACAAAUGACACAGAAAAAGACAAAGGAUCUCAAACAACAAAUGUGUGGAGAGUUCUCUGAAGUCUUUCAAUUGUGUCAUGAGAUAUUAGAAAAGGCUCAAAAGCCAAGUUUGAUUCGAGCUACAUUGGAAACCUUGUUACGUUUCUUGAACUGGAUACCUUUGGGUUAUAUAUUUGAGACCAACCUUAUUGAUAUUCUACGAAACCGAUUCCUCGAGGUACCAGUGUUUAGAAACGUAACCUUGAAAUGUUUGACUGAAAUUGGUGGAUUGCAAGUUGGGCCAGAGUACAAUCCCAAGUUUGUCAUUUUAUACAAUAUGGUUAUGGAUGCUAUCGUAAAGAUGAUUCCUCUCAGUACUGAUCUGGUGCGAGUCUAUGAAAACAGCUCAGACGAUGAUCAACAAUUUAUACAAAAUCUGGCUCUAUUCUUAUGCAAUUUCCUCAGUGUUCAUCUUCGGAUUGUGGAACAAACAGGCAAUCGCGAAGCACUACUCACUGGCCAUGCCUAUCUAUUGAUGAUUUCCCUGGUACGAGAUCGAGAAAUCUUCAAGAUUUGUUUAGAAUACUGGACGAAAUUGGUAUCCGAACUGUAUGAAGAAGUCCAAGCAUUACCCAAUGGAGCAGGAAUGACAGAUUUCGGUGCCCAAAUGCCUUUUGGCAAUCCUGGUGCAUUGGCAGGAAUGACUGGUGCACCAGGACUCUCAACUCGCAAGGGUAUCUACACAGAAGUCUUAUCGAGGCUUCGUGUCGUUAUGAUUGAGAGAAUGGUCAAGCCUGAAGAGGUUUUGGUUGUUGAAAACGAUGAAGGAGAAAUCGUCAGAGAAGUCGUCAAAGAGAGUGAUACAGUCACUUUAUACAAGAGUAUGAGAGAGGUGUUGGUAUACUUGACCCAUUUGGAUGUUGAUGAUACUGAGCAAAUCAUGUCAGAGAAGCUGAGUAAACAGAUGGAUGGCACUGAAUGGUCAUGGGACAAUCUCAACAAAUUAUGUUGGGCUAUUGGAUCUAUUUCCGGAGCCAUGUCUGAAGAGACCGAGAAACGUUUCCUUGUCACCGUCAUCAAAGAUUUGCUCGGUUUAUGUGAAAUGAAACGUGGCAAAGACAACAAGGCUGUGGUCGCUUCCAACAUUAUGUACAUUGUUGGUCAAUACCCAAGGUUUUUGAAGGCACAUUGGAAGUUCUUGAAGACUGUUGUCAACAAGAACUUUGAAUUCAUGCAUGAAUUACACGAGGGUGUUCAAGAUAUGGCUUGCGAUACCUUCAUCAAGAUCUCUCAAAAGUGUAAACGACACUUUGUCAUGCAACAACCUAACGAACCACAGCCAUAUAUUGAAGAGAUUCUCGCUACUAUUGAUCAAAUCACGUCAGAUCUUUCACCUCAGCAGGUCCACACAUUCUAUGAAGCUGUUGGAUAUUUGAUUUCAGCACAACCAAACAAGCAAAUCCAAGAACGAUUGAUUAUCAAGUUCAUGGAGUUACCCAAUGCAGCGUGGGACAAUGUGUUGAGCCUUGCCAACCAAAACAUUGACGCUUUGAACAAUCCUGAAAACAUAAAAAUCUUGGGCAACAUUCUGAAGACGAAUGUAUCUGCUUGUCUCUCUGUAGGCUCGCCCUUCAUCAUUCAGAUUGCCAGGAUAUAUAAUGAAAUGCUCAACUUGUACAAGAUUGUGUCUCAGCUGAUAUCACAAAGUGUUGCUACACAAGGACUAAUCGCUACCAAGACACCACGAGUUAGAGGUCUACGAACCAUAAAGAAGGAGAUCUUAAAAUUGAUUGAAACCUAUGUCAACAAAGCUGAUGACACCAAGGCUGUUGCUGUCAACCUCAUUCCAGGCUUGUUGGAAACUGUAUUGGGCGAUUAUACUAGAAAUGUCCCAGAUGCUCGUGAUGCUGAAGUGUUGUUGGUGUUGGCUAGUCGACACAUGGAUGACGCCAUCUUGUUGAUUCUGGAAGCUGUGUUUGAAUGCACGCUCAACAUGAUAAACAAGGACUUUGAAGAGUAUCCCGAACAUCGUGUUGGCUUCUUCACCUUGUUGGAUUCCAUCAACACGCACUGCUUUGAAGCUCUCAUCAAGCUGCCAUCAAACCAAUUCAAACUCUUCCUCGACAGUAUUGUUUGGGCCUUCAAGCAUACCAUGAGAGAUAUCUCUGAUAUGGGUCUAGGCAUUAUGCUCCAACUUAUAAACAACUUCUCACUCAAGGCUGAUCCGGUUAUAGCCGAUGCCUUCUUCCAAACAUUUUAUCUCAGUAUCUUGCAAGAUGUAUUCUUUGUCUUGACCAACACAUUCCACAAGUCUGGCUUCAAAUUACAAACAUCCAUCUUGAUGCAAAUGUUUGCAUUGGUUGAUGCUGGUUCCAUCCGAGCGCCCUUAUUUGACCGCAACCAAUUCCCAGACCCAAAUAUGGAUAAUCGAACAUUCUUGAGAGAGUUUGUUGCCAAUUUGUUACAACGCGCAUUCUCUCAUCUUCAACCACUUCAACUCAAAGCAUUUGUGAAUGGAUUGUUUACAUUUGACAAAGACUUUAUUGCCUUCAAGAGUCAUGUACGAGACUUUUUGAUUCAACUCAAGGAGUUUGCAGGAACAGACAGCGAUCAUCUCUUCCUGGACGAACGUGAAGCAGAAGUAGAAGCCAAGAAGGAAGCAGAAAGGAAUAGGAAUCUCAAGAUUCCUGGCAUGUUGAAACCAAGUCAACUUGCCGAUGAUGGAAUGAUGGACUAG